AUGAGUGCUCUUCAUGUAGAUAUCGAAUACUGUGAUAAAUGCGGAUAUUCAGAAAAGUUUCAUGAUCUCGCUAAAUAUAUUGAGAAGAAACAUCCUUCAGUAGAAGUUAAUGGUCGUGAAGGUCGUAGAGGUUCCUUUGAGGUGUCCGUGAAUGGUGAAAUCGUGCAUUCAAAACUGUCUACCCUAGCGUAUCCAGAUUACGAUGAUCUUCAAAAGAUUAUUAGUGAAGCUCAGGAUGGUAAACCAGCGAGAACAUGCAAACAACAGCCAAUCACUAGCUGUGUUAUAAGUUGA